CUCCAGGGUGGACGUUAUACAAGCUUCACUUGAAAACGAGCGCGUUGAAGCGGGCUGAAGUUUCAAGUUCGGUGACAAAGUUCUAGUGAUAAAUAUACCGAUAUAGCGAUUGUUUAAAUUUAAAGUGUAUUACAAUUGUUAAUGGGACCAUGUUGUUCUUUCUUCUUACGACUCUUUUGAUUGCAAUUUCCAGGUCAGACUUCCACUAUCAGUGUUGCUAAUGUAAAAACCCAAGUUUUAGAUAAUACUGCAAACAAAUUGUGUAGUUCUAGGUACAUAGGACCUAUUCUAGAUCAGUGGUGAUGUUUUAUUAAUUCUGAACACCAAGAUAAUUGGAGGUACAAAUAAAGAAAUAUUACUGUAUAAAGAGAUGUCGGUCUGACGUCAUUUUCAUUGUGAGAUGGUGGCGGAGCACAAGUAAAUGAAGACAGCUGCGAUCCGAGCGAGUUGAAGACCUGCGUAGACAUGACACCGCGGACGCCGGUGGGCUUGCCUCGCACAAGAGAAGAAUUAGAUGCUCAUUGCCAGGCAUAUCAGACGGGAAUGGCGUGUAUGGAUGCAUGGAUCAAGCGGUGUCUGCCAACUGACGGCCAAAAAUUGGUACAGCAACAAAUUGGCGGCGCGCGAGCACUAAUGCGAUUCUUAUGUACCAAUGAAACAGCGCUACGGAGAGAUUUUCUAAAGGAGCCAACAUGUUGGGCGUUAGUAUCACCAGACUGGUCACGAUGCGUUGAUGAACUGCAGCUCGCCGUCCGCGACAUCUCUGAGCGCUCUCACCACUUAGUCUACUUCAACAAGAACACCGAACUAUGCUGUGCCCGUGACGCAUUCGUUGCAUGCGUGGCAAUGGCUGGACGAGCUUGUUCAGCCCAAGCCGGAAACCUUCUGCGUCGGAUGGCUUGGGUGCUCGCGCAAGACGUAGCCGCUUGCAGCGCUCAGCCCCGCGCGCACUGCGCUGCAUCACUGCCACAAAUCGUGACUCCGAUUCUCACUGCACUAUCUGGUGCAUUACUUUACCCCCCAAGACUUUAAAACAAUAGUUUAAUUCAUUUAAUAGAUAUAAGUAAUAAAUGUUGGUUCCUAGGAUAUGUUCUUAUAGCGUGUCUUAUAAUGCUGAUGAUGCUGCUGUAGAUCUUUGUAAUAGUUCAAUCAAAAUCAAAUUUCAACUACGUCAUUAAUUUACCCCGAUGACUGUAAAACAAAAGUAAUAUCAUAAUAGAAAAAAGUUUUAUGAGUAGCUUCAGAUACUGUCACUUUGUCAAGCUUGUGUUUGUGAACUUAUAGAAUGAGUGAGUAUUGAAUAUCGAUGUACAUUGCUUGUAACAUGCUUAGAUUUUGUUCAUUUCACUAAUCAUCUGUAUAUAAGCCAACUGUAUAUAAAUAAAUUAGAAAGUUAAAUUAUAAUUUUUUAAAUAUAAUCAAGAAGGAAAUAUAAGUUAAAUCAACUUCAAAGUAAAAAAAUCGAAAU